CAACAGCAACCUCUCUGUUUGCCCCUGGGCCUCUUAGCUAGUUAUCUGACUUUUUUGACGUCUGGUUCUUCCCCGACUGGUUCCUAGUAUCGGCCAAGUUUGGAGCCCCCUCCCUCUCCAUCCGAUAUCUGAGACAGAUGCCACACAGUACCAUGCCGGCGCUACCGCUCAUCCUAUCACAUCCAGAUAACCACACAUUGGGCUGAUUUCCCCCGGUUGUGGUCACUUGCGGCUUGAUCCUGCCUGCGGCUUGUCUUUGCAUCAUUCUUUGCCGCACGCUCGCUCGUUGCUGGGGUCGUGAACUCUUUUUCACAGCUUUCACCAAGGAUAACAUUUUCACUUGUUUCAUCAUUCAUUCAGUUUCUUCCUCUUGGUUCCAUCCACAAACAUUCUUUUUGUUGUUGGCCAUAUCAACUUUGUAAACUCAUCAUCUUCAUUCCCAUCUUUCGCCCUUGCGCCCAUCAACCAUGGCUGCACCCCCGGACCGAACUACCAGGCAUAAUCGUAUGAUGAGCUUUACCAGCAACAAGUCGGAAAAGAGCUCCAAGACGCAUAAGAGCCGUGACUCUAAGCCUAAAGUUACCCUGAUCGAGAGUCACAGGGAGAAAGAAGCAAAUAGAAUCCAUACUCAUGCCGAUCCCACUCGCGCAAUCAGUGAAGCUCAGCCAUCGGCGAUUGCAUUGGAGAAGUCGAACUUGGAGUCUCUGCGUGGUAUCCAGCAUAAAGAUCGAUUUGGCAACGUCAUCACGGAUCCUGACCUUUCGAAUCCUACGCGCCAUCGCUUCGAGCGUCCUCUUGAUACCAUCCGGGCAUUUGAGGCGGCAAUCGAUGGAACUUACAACAGCCGUAGACUCUCUUACGCCAGAGAUGACAGUGUGAAUGGUCAGAGUCGCCCAACUAGCUAUUUCGGAGAUCCUCGCGGCAAUCUUACACUCCCAACACGCGGCUACAGCGACCAAAACAAUCACUAUAACACUCGCGGUUUUCAGUCAAGACGGGAUAGUUAUGUCGAUGCAUACGGUGACUCUGGCCAUAACCAGUACAAUAGCUACCAUGACGCCCAGCCUCGCCGCCCACGUCACGCGGGACGCCCGCACAACGACCAAUGGGGACCCCCACAAAACGGUUACGUACAGCAGCAAGGUCAAUAUCAGUCGUACGAUAGUGGAUCUGCCUCCGGCUCCGGAAACCAUUCCAUGGACCAUUUAGCUCAGUCUACCGACCCGAGUUCCCUGAGUAGCUCUAGAGACGGCCUGCAGCAGCAACCAUAUCAACAGCAGCCAUCGCAACCACCGCAGCUACAGCACCUCCAACAGCAGUUACAACAGCAGCAACAGAAGAAAAUCGAGGCACAAAUUGGAGAAGCUUACGGAUUUACAGGAUUCGGCACUGAUCCCCAGUUGAACAACUCGCAGCCACCUUUCCAAUCUUUGAGCAACGGAUCAUCUAGUGCAAACCACACGAAUGGGGUUACGCAGAGAGAUGGUUAUGCCAGCGAAGCACUCGCCCCUGCACCUCCGCCAAAGCAGACAACCCAAGUCACCGUCGAACCUGCUCGCAAGGACUCUUUCAUGCAGAAAGCAAAGAUAUCGACCGAGAAGCGGAAGAGCUGGUUCAAACGACUUAGCAAGGGCUAAAUGUGAGGUAACCAAGAUCUUGACAGAGGUGUUGCCAUCUUAACUUUGGGCUGAAGAUUAUUAUCUGCUUUUUUAAUCUCACGAGAUACGAUUUCUUUUCUUUUCCUACUUGAUGCGUGAUGAAUCUGAUCAAAUGCUAUUGCUCGGGUGGGUGGAUUCGGGGAAAUAGCGAAAGAAUGGGUAUUCGAAUUUUUCUGAGUUAUUCUCCGCUGUGAUCCUUUUUUGCCUUUCUUUGUGUUUUUGUUUUUCUUGUGUUCUCUUUCCUGAUGUUUAUGCCUUCUUGAGAGUAUGGGAUAAUUGCCACUCAAUUCCUUUUACAUAUCUUUGUUGAUGCCUUUCAUUUUGCGUCCGGAAUGGCCUGGGUUCGGGGUUUGGAGAGCUGGAUUUCACGAUGACUAUGUACUUUUUUUUUUUCUUCUGCGUUGUUUUGCUUUUCGGGGGAAACGACUAUUAGGGUUGGGGGGGGGG